AUGCCAACGGACGAAUUAUGUUGUCUCAUUUUCGACUUCGUUGAUUUGAGGACUCACUUGUGUCUUGAACUAUUUACCCCCGCCCUCGCGUUGUCUAUCACUGAUCGCCGACAGGUUCACUCAGAGAUCUCACAACUAUUCCCCGGGAUAGUUACGGCGCUUCGACGCCCUCGUGCCCGUGCUGGUUGCUACUUUUGUAUCUCUGGCGGAUUCAGCUCAUCAGCAGUCAGCAGUCCUCUCCAGUCAAGGCCGGCCAGUCCUUCGCGUACAUCGGCGGGUGUCCAUUGA